GGGAUAAAACUGAAGAAACAAGGGCUAUUACUGAUUGGUGGAGCUCUAGCAAUUCUUUUGAUUGGCAGUUGCAGUCAGAGACGUGAGGCCAACGUGGGUCGUGCUUCUCUGAGAUCCUGGGGAAGCGAAAUGGAGGGGUGUGUAUCCAACCUAAUGAUUUGUAACCUGGCCUACACCGGGAAUCUGGAGGAGCUGAAGGAGAGAAUUCUGGCCGAUAAAUCCCUAGCUACUAGAAUCGACCAGGACAGCAGAACUGCACUACAUUGGGCAUGCUCAGCUGGACAUACAGAAAUUGUUGAGUUCUUGCUGCAACUUGGAGUGCCAGUGAAUGAUAAAGAUGAUGCAGGUUGGUCUCCUCUUCAUAUUGCAGCUUCGGCUGGCCGGGAUGAAAUUGUAAAAGCCCUUCUUGGAAAAGGAGCUCAAGUGAAUGCUGUCAAUCAGAAUGGUUGCACUCCCCUACAUUAUGCAGCUUCUAAAAACAGGCAUGAGAUUGCUGUCAUGUUACUGGAAGGAGGGGCUAACCCAGAUGCUAAGGACCAUUAUGAAGCUACAGCAAUGCACCGGGCCUCAUCCAAGGGUAACUUGAAGAUGAUUCAUAUCCUUCUGUACUACAAAGCAUCCACAAAUAUCCAAGACACUGAGGGUAACACUCCUCUACACUUAGCCUGUGAUGAAGAGAGAGUGGAAGAAGCAAAACUGCUGGUGUCCCAAGGUGCAAGUAUUUAUAUUGAGAAUAAAGAAGAAAAGACACCGCUGCAAGUGGCCAAAGGUGGUCUGGGCUUAAUACUCAAGAGAAUGGUGGAAGGCUAACCAGCGUGGAUUUAUUCGUACUUUGUAUGUUUUGUGAUUGUCUCCAGUGUUCUGGAAACUAAUGUACUUGUGCAUAGGACAUUAUUAAAAACAGUGACCUUCUCUCACCUUCAAAGUCUUGUGAACAUACUGAGUAUUGUUCUUCUUUCUGAAGUAAUUAUUGUCAAAUUACAACCUGUUUCCAGACAUUGAAUAAUUGUAGAGAUUAUUCUACUAUCGGUGUAUGUCAUUUUAUAUUGAAUUUUGGAUCUGAGUAAUUCUGUGUCUGUUGUGAGUUAUCAGUACCCUCCCAUGCACCCUAUUUACCCCACAUUGUGGCAAAAAGCCAUCUCAUUAUCACCAAGCCAAUUGUUCUGCCCCCUGUGUAGGUAUAUUCCUGAAUAUUUCUCCUUACAGUUGAAAUGCAUCCUAACUUGGUUUUCAGGCUCACUCGGAGACCUGUGUCAGGCAUUUGUGCUUUUUCACCUGUACCAUUUAUGUUUGUUAUAAGAGUAAUAUUAAUGUAUUUGAGAGGACCAUAUUUUAAGUUGAAGAGCAUGCUAUCAAAGUUUCAAAUUCAUAAACUCUUAAAAUAAUAAAAAUACAGCCUAUGUACUUGUA